GACCAGGCUGGCCUCGAACUCAUUAUAGAUCCAUCUGCUUCUGCCUCUUGAGUGCUGGGAUUAAAUAUGUGAGCCACCACCACCACCCACUUAUAUUUUCGUCUUUUAUAAACUGUCUGUUCAUUUUAUCGAUCCACUUACUGAUCUUGUGGAUAAGCUUCUUGUGUAUUUUUUAUUUCUUUGUAUAUUUUAGAUACUAAUUCUAUGCAUUGUGUGCAUGCAUCAGGUCAAAGGUUCUCGCCUAUUCUGUAGGCUCCUCCACACAGUUAGCUUUCCUUUUAAAUAUCACCCGGCUCCGUUGGUCCAUUGUCGUUCUUAUUUCCUGGGUAACUAGAGUCCUACUGAGAAAGUCCUUGCCUAUGCUUGUGUCUGAAGUGUCCCUAUGGUUUCUCUCACAGUUAUAGAAUUUCUGACCUUACAUGAAGUCUGAUCACUCUGGAACUGGUUUGCACUGUGUUCUGCGCAGGCAGCCCUGUGCACACCUGGGACCAAGGUUGGGUCUUCCACUCAGGCCGCCAUCUCUCUCAGCCCUCCUGUCUGACAUCUGCCUUCACUCUUACCUGCUCACCCACAACUGCUUCUCUGAACCCCUUUAUCACCUAGUGUUCACCCUUUCCGUAGAUACUGAGUGCACUCUGCCUAGCCAUGAGACUCAAGUCUUGUGUCCCGUGGAGAGCAGCGCCUCCACAUACUUCCCUGUUUGUGGCCCUCCACUGAAUGACUGAUGCUUACUGGAUGAAUGAAUUAUGAACAGAUAGUGGCAGGGCCUGGGGGACCAUGUCCCUCAUCCCAUGGUUCCGGUGGAAUGACACCUCGCCCCGACUGUCAGCCCGGAGCCCAGCUGAGAUGGUGCUGGAGACACUUAUGAUGGAGCUGGCUGGGCAGAUGCGUGAGGUGGAGAGGCAGCAGAGGGAGCGUCGCAAUGCAGUCAGGAAGAUCUGCACGGGAGUUGACUACAGCUGGCUGGCCAGCGCGCCCAGGCCCACCUAUGACCUCAGCCCUGGUGAACGGCUACAGCUGGAGGACGUAUGUGCCAAGAUCCACCCAUCCUUCUGUGGACCUGCCAUCCUCAGGUUCCGACAGCUGCUGGCCGAGAGGGAGCCCGAGGUGCAGGAGGUGGCGCGGCUCUUCCGCUCGGUGCUACAGGAGGCCCUGGAGAAGACGAAGCAGGAGGAGGAAGCCCAUAAACUGACGCGUCAGUGGAGUUUGAGGCCUCGCGGCAGCCUGUCCUCCUUCAAAAGCCGUGCACGCAUUGCGCCCUUCGCCAGUGACAUCAGGACCAUCUCGGAGGACGUGGAGCGCGAUGCGCCACCCCCGCCACGUACCUGGAGCAUGCCGGAGUUCAGGGCGCCCCAGGCCGACUGACCUCCUUGGGCGGGCACCUGCAGGAGGGAAUGACAGACCGGUGACCAGGUUGCCGGUGCUGGAACCUCCCCAGCUAUCCCGAAGACCCACAAGCAGCGCUGCUGACUAUGGAGCCACCUACCCUACGGAACACAACUGCUUGGGUACAGGGAAGAGUCAGGACUUGAGCCCUACUCCUCCCCAGUAAGGUCUCCAGGUCCCAGUCUGAUGCAGACAUAAGGCCUGGCAUCGUCUCCUUCCCAUCUCCGACCACUGCCUAGAACAGGGAACAAAUGUCUGCUUCCUCCUUAGGGCUUGCGUCCUCAUCCUAAUUUCCGGGAUGCCCUAUUCACCCCAUCCAUUCAGGGCACAUUUUCUGACGACCAGAUGACACUCACUCAGGGUAGUCACAGUCUCGUAGUUCAAGACAGCUGGUGGGGACCAGAGACUGUUCAACUCACUGUUGAGCUAGUGGCGAAAAAUAGAGUUUGCCAAGGGUCUCACUGCUUUCGCCUUAACCCUGGUCCCUCUAGAGUGGAAUUGAUCCUGCCUCUGAGGACCAAUGGCUACAUCUCCAGCCGCUAUAGAUAGUCUUACCUAUCCCUUACCACUUACCACCACAGGGGUCAGGUUGGGGUCAAGGCUGCUCUCCCAGAAAAGUACUUAGGAAUAGUUAGGAUGAUCAUGGCCCCCAUGGUGUCAUCAUGUGGAGUGUGGCCAGUUCAGAGUUAGGGCUUGGAAGCCUUCAGACCCUGCUGCUGGAGCUGAGGCCUCUGUUCACACGUGCCCUCCACCUUUCCUAGGAAGUGAGGUCACCUCCAGUGUCUGAGUGACCAGUCCCACAUAGAGUCCUACAGCUUCAUGUUCUAACUGGUGGUGCAUUGUGGGCUGCCUGUGUAAAAUCUGGAAGGUGAGGUGCCCCCACACACUCUGGGGUAGAAGUGGGGUUCAGGGUAGUGGGUGAGCCAAGUGUCUGUCUCCAACUCCCAGAAAACACAAGUGAACCUUAUAAUAGUUCAAAUAAAAUGCCAGGGUAGGGAAAAAACACCAGGGAAUGCGUGUAGUCUCAGGCUCAGUGGGAUGUCUCCAGGCGUGUGUGCGUGCGUGUGUGUGUGCGCGUGCGUGAGUGUGUGCGUGUGUGAGUGUGUGUGCGUGAGUGUGUGUGCACGCG